GGUGGCAGAAGGGUGAUUGGUGAGCCACGCUCGAGGGCACAACGGGGAGAGCGCAACAGAUAAAUCCUCUAUUUGGACCCGUCGCUGCUUCCCGUCGCCAUUGCUGCCUCUUCUCCUCCUUCCUCCGUCCCUCCCUCCCUCGCUCUCCCAUCCUCCUCUGUUCUCACAAUUUUUGCUUCUGAAUUUCCUGCCGGUGUGCCGGCAUCUUCUUUCUACUGAGGCGUAGACCAAGGAGGAGAGUAAUUGGCGAGCGGUUGGAGAACGAAUACGAGACGGCUCCGGCGGCCGGAGGCCCAUUUUUUGAUGCGUGGUGCCGUCGAGGUCCACACGAUUCGCAGAGACGUCGCCACGCCGAGUCCCCUGAGGCUCAGAGACCCUCCGGCAUUGGACAUGAUGAGGUACCAAAGGCUGAGCCCGGACUGCCUCCCGCUCGGCAACGGCGGUGGCGGAGGCGGAGGCGCCGUGCCCCGCAAGCAGGCGUCCAGAUCCUCCUACAUCAGAGAGGACGACGCCCCGGCCGUGGCCACGGAUGGCUCCCGCCUCGCAUCGUACCUGGCGGCCUCCUCGCACGAGCCCAAGCCGCUGCGGGCCCGCGCGCCGCAGCCGGCGCCUCUCUCCUCGGUGGCCGGCCGGAGCCCAGCGCGCGACCACGCACACCACCACCACACCUCCGACUCCUCCGACACCGCCUCCCCGAGCUCCACCGGCGGCGGCGGCGGCGCCGUCGUCGGCGACGUGCUGCUGCAGUGGGGGCACAAGAAGCGGUCGAGCUGCCGGCGCGACUCGGCCACCGCCGCGGCGCCGUCCGCGCAGCGCCGACAGUCUGCCGUCGGUGGCGGGGUCAAGAUCCAGCGGCGCGCGUCGGCGCCAGCGCACGCGGAGAAGCUCAUGCCGCCGCCGCCGCCAGCCGCCACGCGUGGAUCUAACUUGCGGUCGGCGUCCUCCUUCCCGUCCCGCGCCUCCGCCUCCACCGCUGCCACCGGCAGCCACCACCCGCCCCACCACCACAGGACCGUCGAGGAUCGAUCAGGCGGGCAGAAGCGGUCGUCGCCGGACAAGACGCAUAGGUCCACCAUGGAUGGCGUCUACCACCAUCACCACCACCAAGAGUCGCCGUUGACGGGCAACGGCGUCGCCACCGCCGGUGAGAAGCUAGGCGUGGAGCGGUUCGAGCUGCCGCUGAUCUACAUCUCGCUGUCGCGGAAGGAGAAGGAAGACGAUUUCCUUGCGAUGAAGGGCACCAAGCUGCCCCAGCGGCCCAAGAAAAGGGCUAAGAACGUGGACAAGACCCUCCAAUUUGUCUUCCCGGGUAUGUGGUUGUCCGAUUUGACGAGGGGACGGUACGAGGUGCGGGAGAAGAAAUGCGUGAAGAAGUUUAUUCAGCGACGAAGCGAAGAGGGCUGAAAGGGAUGGAGAGCAUGGACAGCGACUCGGAGUAAUAAGGUGGAGGCGCGGCGCAGCCAUCUUCCAUGGGGGUGGGAGUCGAGGAAGAAGGGGCCCUAGAGAAGGAGGAAAGGAGGAGACGUUGAGGGCAAGAGUGAGCGGUCGCGCCUGCUCACCUUGAGCCGCCGCCGCGCUGGAAGCGUCGGAGGACGGCGGUGCUUGCCACACACAGGGCUGUGUUUCUGGCGGUCGUGAGGUUUUUUUGUUCCUUGAUGCUGAGCUGCGUCUCCGCGGCCGCUGUUUGCAGCAUGUAACCCUGAAACUCUGCGAUCCGUCUAUCUCUGCCUUCUUCAUUUUUUCUCAUGCGCUUUCGAGCCACCUGAAACGAGACGGUUGGAUUCAUUC